GGGUGAUACAGAGUGGCCCAGGUGGAUGCUGAGCAUGCAGUGGGUUUGCAUUAUGGCUGAGAAACUUCGAGCUUAAAAAGUCCACUCUCUUUUAAUGUGAUCUAUGAGGACUCCAUGAUGAAUCUGGAGCAGGAGAGGCCAUUUGUCUGCAGUGCCCCAGGCUGCUCCCAGCGCUUCCCAACAGAGGAUCAUCUGAUGAUUCACAGGCACAAACACGAAAUGACUUUAAAGUUUCCCUCAAUAAAAACAGACAAUAUGUUAUCAGAUCAGACUCCAACCCCAACGAGAUUCCUGAAGAACUGCGAGGAAGUGGGGCUCUUCAGCGAGCUGGACUGCUCCCUGGAGCACGAGUUCAGGAAGGCGCAGGAGGAGGAGAGCAGCAAGCGGAAUAUCUCGAUGCAUAAUGCAGUUGGUGGGGCCCUGACAGGGCCUGGAGCUCACCAGCUUGGCAGUGCCCGGAUGCCCAACCACGACACCAGCGUUGUGAUUCAGCAGGCCAUGCCAUCACCACAGUCCAGCUCUGUCAUCACCCAGGCACCUUCCACCAACCGCCAGAUCGGGCCUGUCCCAGGCUCUCUAUCUUCUCUGCUACAACUCCACAACAGACAGAGACAGCCCAUGCCAGCCUCCAUGCCCGGGACCCUGCCCAACCCUACAAUGCCAGGAUCUUCUGCUGUCUUGAUGCCAAUGGAGAGACAAAUGUCUGUGAACUCCAGCAUCAUGGGGAUGCAAGGUCCAAACCUCAGUAACCCCUGUGCUUCUCCCCAAGUCCAGCCAAUGCACUCCGAAGCCAAAAUGAGGUUGAAGGCCGCAUUGACUCACCACCCUGCCGCCAUAUCAAAUGGGAAUAUAAACACCAUGGGACACAUGAUGGAAAUGAUGGGCUCCCGGCAGGACCAGACGCCACACCAUCAUAUGCACUCCCACCCACAUCAGCACCAGACACUGCCACCCCAUCACCCCUACCCACACCAGCAUCAGCACCCAGCACACCAUCCUCACCCUCAGUCCCAUCACCAGCAGAACCACCCACACCAUCACUCCCACUCCCACCUUCAUGCACACCCAGCACAUCACCAGACCUCGCCACAUCCGCCCCUGCACACCGGCAACCAAGCACAGCAGGUUUCACCAGCAACGCAACAGAUGCAGCCAACCCAGACUAUACAGCCACCCCAGCCCACAGGGGGGCGCCGGCGAAGGGUGGUGGAUGAGGACCCCGACGAAAGGCGACGGAAAUUUCUGGAACGCAACCGGGCAGCUGCCACCCGCUGCAGACAGAAGAGGAAGGUCUGGGUGAUGUCACUGGAAAAGAAAGCAGAAGAACUCACCCAGACAAACAUGCAGCUUCAGAAUGAAGUGUCUAUGUUGAAAAACGAGGUGGCCCAGCUGAAACAGUUGUUGUUAACACAUAAAGAUUGUCCGAUAACAGCCAUGCAGAAAGAAUCACAAGGAUAUCUAAGAUCUGCCUCUGAAGUCACUGCCAGCCUACCUGGGAACUUCUACAGUGCCUCCCCUGCCUAAUGUGAUGGGAGAUAACAACUUAGAUAGGUUCACCUGACAGCAUUUCCACCAGGUGAAUCGUUACCUAAAUGGAAGUGUCUACAUCUUAAUUGUUUCUCCUUGACACAUUUCUCAAUGAUGCCAGGACAAUAACAGUGAAAAUCCCAGCCAUGAAUGAAUGUACGAAUUUUAAAGCUCAUUGUUAGGUCAGAUGUUUUCCCUUCAUGCUCCCACUCAUGCCUCUCCUAGCCCACAUCAGUGUAUUCCAGUCAUCAUCUUAACCCAGCCUAUGGGAAACAGCAAACAGUGUGUAUAUUGUCAUGGUACACAUUAUAAUUAGGGUGACUUACUAGGUGCAAAUGCUCUUCAGAGCCUAUCUAGUAAACAAAACAAAAUGCAGAACUAUUCUGAUGGGGGGAAGGGGCGGUUCAAUGGUGAAUGUUCGGGUGGUUGUUGCCUAUUAGUUCAUUAAAUUUUAGUGUGUUAGUUGAGGUUGUCAUUAAAAUCAUAAACCAGCUGCGGUAAAAGACCAGCUUUUGGCUGGAGGAUUUCAGCAUCAGUAACUGCUAUAAAACUAGCCAUCCAGUUAGGAUAGAAUGUGCUUCUUUUGGUUUUAAGAAGAAAAAAAAAUCUAAGAAAAUAUAUGUAUGUAUGUGUGUAUACAGUCGAAUUCAAGGACCAAAGCAAAAUUUGAACAGGAAUCUAUUCAUUUAGAAUUUUAUAAGAUAUUUAUUAAUAAAUGUUAUUUUUAAACAUUCCAUUUGAACAGUAUUCUGUAGGAUCUACUUGUUUUUAAAGUAUUAGUUCAUAAUAAACUACUAUAGUCAUGUAUAUUUUAAUUGUUCAGGGUUUCAAAUGGCUAUUCUCCAUCACUUGGUGGAAAUGUUUCCUUAGAUCUCUGUGCAUAGAAUUUCAAGGAUUUUUAUUGCUCAGUGAGUUAUUUUUUAACCUACAUUUUGGACAGUUCUUUUUUUUUAACAUUUAUUUCUUUUUUAUAUUUUUUAAAGUAAACUCAUUUAAGAAGCAGGGUUCAGCUAAAGGGAAUCAGUAACGAUAACUGGAACAGCUUUUUGUUAAAGUGUAAAAACAACUUUAUCGCUGUCUCUCUCCAUCCUGCCCCAAUUUCCUAGAAUGCCUUACACUAUUCAGCUUCCUCAGUGCUUUUCUGUCCCUUCCCAAACAAUAUGCUGUAGCUUUAAGCCAUUCAAACUCCAUUAUGCGGUAUCACUGAGAAGGGAAAGGAAACAACCCAUUUAAAUUUGAGGGGGGAAAAAAGUGUGCCUAUGUGAACAGUAGCAAUUUAGAAUAUCUUUUCUGCUUUUGAAAUAAUUUAUAUUUUAAAAUUGCACUUUAGCUUUUUGAUCCCUUUCUCCUAUUCUCUUUCUAACCUCUCCCCCUGUGCUCAAGCUUGCCUUUGCUCUCCCUUUUACAAUGCCUCUAGGGCUCUGAGCUGCAUCAAUUACAGUACUUUACAGAAUGUUUGCACCGGUACCUUGGUAUGCGUUCCCUGGCAGUUGCAGCUGAGGCUUGGUUCUCACAUCAGCCAGGCGCAGCCUGCUACCAGGAUGCCAAGGGGAAGAGCCAGUACACUAUACAGUUUAUACUCUUUAUCCCCUUAUUCAUAGCAUGCUUUUUAAAAAAAAAAAAAAAGAAAGAAAGUUAUAUUAUGCAACAGACGUGAGGCAGCAGCUAAGCUACACUUAAGAGUUUUCUAUUUCAUCCUCCAAACCAAAGUGUCCUGAAUAAGCCCAGGAAACUUACUCUUUCAUGCAUCCUGGUGGGUGUCUGACUAUUGUCCUAGCCUUAGUCUCUUCAAGGCUGCUGAAAUGACAGUGGCCCUAUCAAUUUCAUUCCUAGGUCUCAAAAAUACAAUGUUGCCUUGUAACGUAAUUUAGGGACAGCACCUCUCUUUCAAAAUUAUAAUCUAAGGAAGUAUAAGACAACACAGGAGCAAUAAAAACAAUUAUAAUCUAAGGAAGUAUAGGACAACACAGGAGCAAUAAACUUAUAAGUAAAUUUCAGUACCAAAACAAAGCACGCAAAUAAAUUUAUAAAACAAAAAACAUAGCUCAUCAUGUGAA